CAAAACAACAGUACAUUUUCAAACUUAUCUGUAGUGUGCUUGUCUGUUGAUAAGAUAAAAUAAUAAAUAGUUUGACUAUUAUAAUUUAAGAUCAUGGUUUGGCACCACCAUGCGCCGAGCUACACAGAAACUGUUGAUAUUUAUUUUAGGUGUAUUAUUCACAACCAUUUAUUGUGAAUUUCUUAUAUACUAUGUUGUGGCUAUCCAGUGUUCAUGGCCUUCUAUACAACAACCGUACAAUGAUGAACAGUUGCUAAAAGCAUUCAUUUUAGCUGACACACAUCUACUAGGCCCCCGGAAAGGUCACUGGCUUGACAAAUGGAGACGAGAGUGGCAAAUGCAUCAGGCAUUUCAAGCGAUCAUGAUGAUACAUAAGCCAGAUGUGGUGUUUGUUUUAGGAGAUCUUUUCGAUGAAGGGGAAUGGAGUAGUGACGAACAGUUCAAGAAUUAUGUAGACCGCUUCCACAAAUUAUUCCCUGUGCCUGAUGAUAGUUUGAUGCAUGUUGUUGCUGGAAACCAUGACAUAGGCUUUCAUAACUUCAUAAGAAGGGGAUCAGCUCGAAGAUUUACAAAAUUACUCAACUCCUCAUCAGUUCAGUUUUUAAGUUUGAAGGAAAAUCAUUUUGUUCUCAUUAACUCUAUGGCGAUGGAAGGCGAUUCCUGCGAACUUUGUACCAAGGCUAGAAACGACAUAAAUAAAGUGGCAGGAAUUCUGAAAUGUUCAGAGAAUUCAAACUUCUGUUAUGAUGGCAUACGGAAAGUUAACUAUAGCAGACCAAUCCUCAUGCAGCAUUUUCCCCUGUACAGGGUUUCGGAUGCAGUUUGUACUGAGCCAGAUGCGCCGCCAUUGCCUGAACGAAAUAAACCAUUUCGGUUAAAAAUUGAUGCUCUAUCUAAAGAAGCAUCAACUUUUCUAGCUUCGAAAAUUAAGCCUAAAGUAGUGUUCGGCGGUCAUACUCAUCAUGGUUGCCUGCAGCAUCAUGUCUAUAAAAGUCCAGAAACAUUGGAAUUUUACGAAUAUUCAGUGCCUUCAUUCUCCUGGAGAAAUCGGCCUGAUCCUAAGUACAUGUUGGUGACACUAACACCAAGUGAUUAUGCAGUACAUAAGUGUGGGUUACCUAAAGAAACCACAAUAGCAGUAACUGCUAUUAUAAUGUUGUUUGUGGUCAUAUGGUUGACCAUGCGACGUAGACUUAUAGGAAAAUAAGGUGCCAAGCAAUAUAAAAGACAUUGUAAAUUAAUCUCAUGAUUAUAUUUGACAAUAAAUAUUUUUGACAAGA